CAUUCUAAGCGAGAAGACGUGUUCGCAUAGUCUGCGGUCGAAUUUAAGUUUGAAAUAGGCGGGUCACUCGCGCGUCGAUCGGUUUAAAAUAGCCUUGCAUCAGCAGCUUUAUUUUAACUUGAAAUCAACCCGAUCAAAGAAUCAAAACUACGUUUUGCGAUCUUUUUGUUUAAAAUUAUUCGCCAAAGUGUACAAAUCCCAACAAAAUACCAGCGAAAAGUGCCUUUCUUAGGAAUAGUUGUUGGUAACACGCAUACCAACGCAGAACCCCGAAGCAAACGCACACAAAUGCGCGCGCUUUGUAGUGUGCGUGUAACCACUUUUUUACCUGGUCUUACCUGUUUGCGGAGCGAAAGAGAGAAGGCAAACGAAAAGAAGGAAGAGAGUGCCAAAGCGGAUAAGUGAAAGAUAAAAGUGAACAAAAUAUCAGUUAGAGCAGCUGCACCGAAAUAGAAAUAAAAGACAGUUUACAAUCAGGGCGCGCACUGUACGAGUUUGAAUUCGAUUGAUAAUUAUUGAGCGGUUGCCAUGAAAAUGCAUUCCAAACAAACGGCACACUGAGAAAAAAGAAACGAGUGAGGAGUGCAAAUAGAAAAUAAGAAGCAGAGGAAUAGAGUACAAUACAAACAGAGCACGUAAAAGUAAAAGGUGUGUCUGUAAGAGGACAAAAUAAUACUGGGUGAUUCACAAAGAAGUGCUCAAAAGUGCUGCGGCUGUAAAAGAGAGUUCGAGAUGGCGGAUCGCCGCUAAAGAGUAUGUCCACCAGUGUCCAACGAUUGUCCAGAAUGUCCAGCCCACACUGCAUUAAAAUGUCGGUGACCCAACAGAUCGGCCACCUCAAUCCCGCCCAGCAACAAACGCACCAGCAGCACAAACGGAAAUGCCGCGACCUUGGCAGGCAACUAAUCCCCACGAGACUAAUUUUUGCCGUCCUUGUGGCAAUCAGCUUCCUGUCGCCCGCCCUCGCACUCCAUCCUCCGCCGGACAAGAAUUUCUCCGGUGACAACCGCAAGCCCGCCUUCAAGAACUGCGCCGGAUAUGCUCCGAAGGUCAAGGAGGAGCAACCGGAGAACACCUACGUGCUUACCGUAGAGGCCGUCGACCCUGAUCCCGACCAGGUUAUCCGCUAUAGCAUCGUUCAGUCGCCGUUCGAGCGACCAAAAUUCUUCAUUAAUCCCUCCACGGGUGUGAUCUUCACCACCCACACCUUCGAUCGUGACGAACCCAUCCACGAGAAAUUCGUCUUCGUCACCGUUCAGGCCACGGAUAAUGGUUUACCCCCACUGGACGACGUCUGUACCUUCAACGUGACCAUCGAGGACAUCAACGACAAUGCUCCCGCCUUCAACAAGGCUCGCUACGACGAGUCCAUGUCGGAAAAUGCCCAGCCCGACUCGGUGGUGAUGUCUAUCAGCGCCAGUGACUUCGACGAUGGAAAUAACAGUUUGGUCGAGUACGAGAUUCUGCGGGAGCGCGACUUCCAGUAUUUCAAGAUCGACAAGGAGUCGGGUAUUAUCUAUUUGAAGCGAUCGAUUGACAAGCCACCCGGCCAAUAUUAUGCGAUUAUCGUACGGGCCUACAAUGUAGUUCCAGAUCCACCACAGGAUGCGCAGAUCGAAGUGCGCAUCCGGGUAGUUGAGUCUUCAAUCAAGCCGCCAUCCUUCGUAAAUCCCAUCGACACACCCAUUUACCUAAAGGAGAAUCUCAAGAACUUCACACACCCAAUUGCCACGUUACGGGCGGUUUCUAAUAUGCCGGACAAGCCGGAGGUGAUCUUUGAGCUGAACACCGGCCGUACAGAGCAAACGAACAGCAAGAACACAUUCGUCUUCAAUCAGAUCGGCAACGAGGUGACCAUUAGCCUGGGAAAGACACUAGACUACGAGGCCAUCACGGACUACACGCUAACCAUGAUUGUGCGGAACACUCACGAACUGGGCACGGAGCAUCAGAUAAAAAUCCAGGUAGAGGAUGUCAACGAUAAUAUUCCGUACUAUACGGAGGUGAAGUCAGGCACGAUACUGGAGAACGAACCACCUGGUACGCCCGUGAUGCAGGUGCGUGCCUUCGAUAUGGACGGCACGGCAGCCAAUAACAUUGUUUCUUUCGAGCUGGCCGACAACCGGGAGUACUUCACCAUCGACCCCAACACCGGUAACAUUACUGCCCUCACAACAUUCGAUCGCGAGGAACGUGAUUUUUAUAACGUGAAGGUCAUUGCCAGUGACAAUUCACCAUCGAGCCUGUUUGACAAUGGCGAGCCAAACCGUGGUCACCAGGUAUUCCGUAUCUCCAUCGGUGACAAGAACGACCACAAGCCGCACUUCCAGCAAGAUAAAUAUCUGGCGGAGAGACUGCUCGAGGACGCCAACACCAACACUGAGGUGAUUGAGGUGAAGGCAGAGGACGAAGACAAUGCCUCCCAGAUACUUUACAGCAUCGAGAGCGGAAACGUGGGAGACGCCUUUAAGAUAGGCCUGAAGACAGGAAAAAUCACGGUCAAUCAGAAGCUGGACUAUGAAACGAUCACGGAAUACGAGCUAAAAGUUCGCGCCUUCGACGGAAUUUACGAUGAUUACACUACUGUGAUUAUCAAAAUCGAGGAUGUCAACGAUAACCCACCGGCGUUUAAGCAGGAUUACAGCGUCACAAUUCUGGAGGAGACCAUUUACGAAGACUGCAUCCUCACAGUGGAGGCCUACGAUCCGGACAUCAAGGAUCGCAACGCAGAUCAGCAUAUUGUCUAUUCGAUUUACCAGAACGAGGGCAACCGCUGGUCUAUUGACAACAGUGGCUGCCUCCGGUUGAUCAAGACGUUAGAUCGUGAUCCACCCAACGGUCACAAGAAUUGGCAGGUGUUGAUCAAGGCAAACGACGAGGAUGGUGUGGGCACCACAGUCAGCACUUUAAAGGAGGUUACUAUCAUUUUAAAAGACAUCAACGACAACGCUCCGUUCCUGACCAACGAAAUGCCCAUCUACUGGCAAGAGAACCGCAAUCCCGGCCAUGUUGUGCAGCUCCAGGCCAAUGACUACGAUGAUACUCCUGGAGCGGGUAACUUUACCUUCGGCAUCGAUAGCGAGGCUUCGCCUGAUAUCAAAACCAAGUUCAGCAUGGAUGGGGACUUUUUGCACGCCAACGUGCAGUUUGAUCGGGAGGCCCAGAAGGAGUACUUCAUACCCAUCCGCAUCAGUGACUCUGGUGUUCCUCGCCAGAGCGCGGUCAGCAUCCUUCACCUGGUGAUAGGCGAUGUGAACGACAAUGCCAUGAGCGAGGGUUGGUCACGUAUCUUCAUCUACAAUUACAAGGGAGAAGCGCCGGAAACUGACAUUGGGCGAGUGUUUGUAGAUGACCUCGAUGACUGGGAUCUGGAGGAUAAGUAUUUCGAAUGGAAGGACCUUCCUCAUGACCAAUUCCGGCUUAAUCCCAGUACGGGAAUGAUCACCAUGCUUAGUCACACCGCUGAGGGAGAGUACGACCUUUCGUUCCUUGUGACCGAAGAUUCAGUUUUCGUGCCUCGUCACUCCGUGGAUGCUUAUGUCACUGUGGUGGUCCGAGAGCUGCCCGAGGAGGCGGUGGACAAGAGCGGCAGCAUCAGAUUCAUCAACGUUACCAAGGAAGAGUUUAUCAGUGUACCGCGCGAUGUAAUGUCACCGGAAGCUCUCUCCCCUAAGGAUCGUCUGCAGCUCGCCCUGUCCAAGCUGUUUAAUACCUCCGUGAACAACGUGGACGUGUUCACAGUGCUGCAGAACGAAAACCGUACCCUUGACGUCCGCUUCUCAGCCCACGGCUCACCUUACUAUGCUCCGGAGAAGCUCAACGGAAUAGUGGCCCAAAACCAACAGCGAUUGGAGAACGAACUCGAUCUCCAGAUGCUAAUGGUGAAUAUCGACGAGUGUCUGGUGGAGCGGUUCAAGUGCGAGGACUCGUGCACCAAUGAGCUGCACAAGAGCUCGGUACCGUAUAUGAUCUACUCGAACACAACCUCAUUCGUUGGCGUGAACGCCUUCGUACAGGCUCAGUGCGUGUGCGAGGCUCCCUUAAUAAGACGCUGCCUGAACGGAGGAUCUCCGAAGCCCGGGGAGAACGAUGCAUGCGACUGCAUAGACGGAUUCACCGGACCCCACUGUGAACUCGUAUCCGUGGCCUUCUAUGGCUCUGGCUAUGCCUUCUACGAACCCAUUGCAGCCUGCAAAAACACAAAAAUAAGCUUGGAGAUCACGCCCCAAAUCGACCAGGGCCUGAUCAUGUACCUUGGACCCCUGAAUUUCAACCCACUGCUGGCAAUCUCGGAUUUCCUAGCCCUGGAGCUGGAUAAUGGCUACCCAGUGCUGACUGUGGACUACGGAUCGGGUGCCAUUCGCAUCAGGCAUCACCACAUCAAGAUGGUUUCAGACCGCACUUAUCAACUGGACAUUAUUCUGCAAAGCAAGAAUAUCGAGAUGACAGUAGACAACUGCCGCCUAUCCACCUGCCAGACCCUUGGCGCGCCAAUCGGCCCCAAUGAGUUCUUGAACGUGAACGCCCCGCUCCAGCUAGGCGGCACUCCGGUUGAUUUGGAGCAACUGGGACGCCAGUUCAAUUGGACGCACGUUCCAACCCAGAAGGGAUUUUUCGGAUGCAUUCGCAACUUGACGAUCAACGAGCAAACGUACAACCUGGGUAUGCCCUCCGUGUUCCGAAACAUCGACAGCGGCUGCCAACAGUCUGUGGCCGUGGCGUUUAGUUUCGGUAUCGAUCGGAACUUUAUCAUCGCAAUAAUCGUCUGUCUGGCACUACUGCUGAUCAUCCUUCUGGCCGUGGUGGUGCAGAAGAAGCAAAAGAACGGUUGGCACGAGAAGGAUAUUGAUGACAUCCGUGAAACGAUCAUCAAUUAUGAGGACGAGGGUGGCGGCGAACGGGACACAGACUACGACCUAAAUGUCCUGCGUAGCCAGCCCUUCUUCGAGGAAAAGAUCUACAAGGAUCCGCACACAUUACAAGGCGGCAUUCGUGAUCCCAACGAAAUACCUGACAUCGCCGACUUCCUGGGCGACAAAAAGGAGAACUGCGACCGGGACGUGGGCGCCACCACCGUGGACGAUGUCCGACACUAUGCGUACGAGGGUGAUGGCAAUUCCGACGGCAGCCUGUCCAGCCUGGCGUCCUGCACCGACGACGGCGAUCUCAACUUCGACUACCUGUCCAACUUUGGACCGCGCUUCCGCAAACUGGCCGAUAUGUACGGCGAGGAGCCCUCAGACACAGACUCCAACGUGGACGACGACCAGGGCUGGCGCAUCUAGAAAUCUUCGCCAGCCGCGGUAUAAUAACGUAGAAAUUGAAAAGACUUUUUAUAUACUAAGAGUUGUACGGAUGUUGAUAGUGUCGGGACAAGGAGCCGGCCUAGCCGGCCCCAUAGUCGAUUCAUAUAUAUGGGUAAACUAUAUAUUAUAUAUAUAUAUAUACAUAUAUUUUUAUGGAGGAGUAUUGCAAGGGCCACGGGAGGGGGGAACACGUUUUUGUUUUUUGUUUUGUAAAUGCAAAAAGUGAUCUUGAUCUUACGUAAACGAACUAACUAUUUAAACUAAAGCUAACACUAAUAUAGCCAAGCAACUGCGAACAAACCACAAAUUUCAGCAGAAUUGUUAUAGCUUCGAUUCCACAUAUUUAAGGAAACUCAAAUAGGGUAGAAAUAAAAUCGAAAAAUAUAUAAUUUAUAUGUCCAAAAACCGAAAUAUUCCUAAAAAAGCGAAUACAAUAUGCAUUUUUCAUUGCAUAGGCGUAAUGCCAACACUAGAUUAUUUAAGAACUUCAUUAGUUGAUUAAGCAAUUCUGAACAUAUUAUGAUGAAUAUAUCGCGUUGGGGCCUCGACAAGGCAGAUCUUCAAUUAGAAUUCGAAAUAAAUCCGAACAUAUUUAACACAAAUUCGAGGGAGGGGAACUAAAUUUAUCAAGUCGGUAUUUCUAAGUUUGAUUUAGGAAAACCCUAACCCUAUCAAUAUCAUAAGUUUUUAGGGUUGUCUUCUAGUAAAUGUAUAAAUCAGUAUAAGCUAAUUUAAACUUAUCGAAUGGAGCGUAUUACCCUUGAUAAAUAAAAGGAUAUAUAAUAUAUAUAAAUACA